AUGCAGUUCGCGACGAUGAGCGAGUCUGAACGCGCGCCCUCCUUCGUGCUGCCUGCCUCGUGGCUCGACGAGGAAGGCAGGCUGUGCUACUCGGCGCACAUCCUCGAAAGCAUCCCCGAGGAGUCCGAGCCGGCCUCCUCGUACGCCUCGUCGCGUUGCACGAGCUUCGAUCGCCGGCUGUCGUCCUCUGACGCGUGGAGGCAGAACUACGGCGAACAGCCUCGCCCGUCGGUCCGAUUGGUCCCAGAGCCUUUGGCCUCGUCGGGGGCUCACCUAGACGCUCUUGCGCGCUCCGCAGCUUCCUCGGGAGACGCGGAGGCGGCGCCCAGCCGAACAGAUGGGGAGCAGCCUGCGCCUCGCCUGGGGUCCAUCCGCGCUGCCGAGGAUGACUACGAUGCCCAUCCAAGCGCGGGCGAAGAAGACAGAGCCAGCGACGCGCGAGGACUGGCUGGCCGUGACGCUGACGACGGGAGGGCUCCGGCUUCGCUGGAGCGAAGAACAGAAGCCGCGCCGCUGUCGUCGCCAGGGCGCAACUCAGGCGGGGAGACGACUGGCGCAUCCGCUGAGCCGUGCCUGCCUCAGGCCUGGAGGGAGACACACGCAGGCCCGCGCACAACGGCGGCGACAGGACGAGGCAGCGACAGUCCAGGCGGCGCCCACCUGCGCAGCGAGCGAGAGCAGAGAAAAACCAAAGACGCGCGCGAGCGCGGCGGGGGACAAAGAGACGCGGCGCCCGACGGGAGGACGCGGGGAGCGCAGCUCGGCCGAGAGAAAGAGACUGAGGGUAGCCAGGCGGCACCAGAGGCGGAGGCGGGGGACCACGCUGAUCGAGGCGCGGAUGCCGGCGCGGGAGAGGCCCGGAGGCUGGAAUCUGAGUCGAGUCUUUUUCCCGGGAGGUGGCAGCGUGAAAAGGCGGGCAGCGGACAGCAACCGCAGGACAUAUUUCUUGGCGAGAAGACUUCAGUGAGGGAGCCACCCUGGGCUGGCUCCGCGGGCUUCGAGCCGCACGCUGAUGCGUCGGACGAAGCCGCGCCGCUUUACCGCUCUGGCGAUUCCCGCGCUAUCAGGGCGCGGCCUGCGUCGCUUUCCCCCUCGAGAAAACGAGAGGCAGCCUUGCAAACGGACAAUAACAAUGCACUCACGGCCCUUUCUGCCGUUUCACCCUGUCCUCCCUUGUCGGCUGCCUGGUCGCUGUCGCCGCCCUUCUCUUGUCGGACUGCGUCUUCGUGCGAUGGCUCCCUCUCUCCCUCCUCCGCGGCGGUGUAUGAGAAUGACAAAGAAGGGGAUCUCUCUGCGUGCUCCUUCUCCUCGCUGUCUUCUUCCUCCUCGUCGCUGACGUCGGCUGAUCGAGCUGUAGGCGCGCGGAAGGACCUUCCACGAAGUCCCUACGAGCUCCCCUGCGCAGAGACGCAGAGAGCGGGAUGCGAGGCAGAUCCGGAGGCGAGCACCGGGCGAGAAGAAGUGACACCGGCGCGAAGAGGGAAGGCAGAAGAUGCGGGGGGCACGGAGAAGAACCCACCGGAAAGUAUGGCAGCGGAGAGAGAGCGAGAAAACGGUGAACUGAGGUGUGCCCGGAGAGUGGCAGAUCAGAAGAACGCGCAAGGAUUCGCGCUAGCUGUCAGGUCGGUGGAAGCAGCUGGGCGCAGGGAAGGCGUUAUGGUGAGUAACGCACAGCCGUUUGAGGCCGCGGCUGAGGCGUUGUCUUCUGUCGACCGGUGCUUGUCUUGUUCGCCGUCUCCGCUCCCUUUUCUUCUCUGGGUCGCUCACUGCCUGGGGGGCCUCUCGCGCUUCCUCGAUUUUCGCGACACUCUCGCUCUCUCCGCGUCUUCUUUCGCGCUUCGUCUCCUCAUCUGCGGCUCGUCUUCGUCUCUUGCGUCUCCGGCUGCCUCGCGGGCAACGCCGGCGUCUUCCGCAGCUGUCUCUCCUUCGCGAUCUCCUGGACGCGACGAGGCCCGCGAGCAGGAGCAGACUGGGGGAGAGACUGAGAGGGAGAAGAAAGAGCGUCUCUUCAUGAGCGUGCUGACCGCAGAGGAUGCCGAGGGCGCUGCGCGAAAAGGGCGCGCGGCGGCGUCGCCCGCGGCUUCAGAGAGUCUCAGACUCAGGCGAAGUAGCGCUCAAGCCAGUCAUCGCGAGGCGACCCCUGCCGGAAGUCAAGCUGGCGAGGGCAGGACAGCGGAGGAGGGCUCUGACCAGAAGGAAGCUGGGGCGGAGGGUGCGCGGCGAGAGAGCGCGGCGGGGGAAGUGGCAGUGGAGAACGAAUGGAGAAGCUUCUUGCAGUUCAUCGAAAAAAGGACGGCCUCCGACGUUCGAUACGAACUAGAGGAGGGUGGACUGAAACUCCCUCAAACCUUUUCUCCGCAGGCAUCCUUCAGUCACAUUCGGGUGGCUGCUUCCUGGGCGGCGCUGCCCGCCAACUUGGUGAAGGCGAUCUUCGCGAGAGCCACGCGCCUCGCGCACCUGGAGAUCUGCAUCCGCCGAGAAAGUUUCCUUCGGCUCCGCAGUGGCGCCGCGUCGUCGUCCUGUCGCCCUGCUUCCGCUUCGCUGCCCUCCCGUUCGCCCCUUCCCUCUUCGCCUGCGUCGCUGGUUGACAGGCUGGUGGCGAUCUUGGAGGGCGCUUUCUCCUGCUUCGUCGCGAGCCGCCACACCAUCGAGUCCUUUUCCUUGCAGAUUCAAGGUGAAGACACGAACUCGCUGUUCAGUUCUGUGCUCCCCCAGUCUCCGCCCUUGCUGCCGUCUCUCCAUUCGAGUAGUGUCCCAACUUUCCUCGCUGCGUCGUCAUCGCCAGUCUCCGCGGCGGGCUCUCUCCCUCCUCCACCCUCUGGUCCCUUGGCGUCGCCUCUGACGUCUUUUCUUCCGCGCCCUCUUCGUCCGCUCCCAGUUUCUCCUUUCUGUUCUUCGCUCCAAGGUUCCACUUCUGUUUCUACGCGCUCUCCAAUAUCUCUUUGCCCGGAGUCAGGGGCGGGUCAGAAACGCGGUCGCGGGGGAGCGACAGAGGCGGGCAGGGAGCUCUGCUUUCCGCGGCUUCUCGCCUUCUCUAUCCGAGGUUCCUUUGCGCUCUUUUUGUUUCUUUUUUACUCCGUUUCCCACGCCUCUCCUUGCCUUUGCAAGCGAACUUCUCACGUUGGCGCCAGCAAAGAGGCUAGAGUCCGCGUCGCGAGGGAGAGAAAGAAGCGCCAUUUAAGCGCGGAAGAGGCAGUCCUCACUCCCGGUGGGCAUCCGUGGAAGGGCGAAGAGCGAAGGCUGCGAGGCGCGCAUGGAGACGACAGCGAGGAAGGAGAUGCAGGAAAUGCAGAGGAAAAAAACCAACCGGACAGGGAGCUUGAACGCGUGCGCAUAUCGUUCCUGUGGGCACUCCGGAGCUGGCUUGACGAUGAAGCAAGAGAGAGGGAGGGGGGGGUCACGGACGCGCCGCCGAACGAGGGCGAGAAGGAGGAGGAAGCCCGGAGAGGACAGCGAGGACUGCUGGUGGGGGAGAGGGAGAGAGAGAAACCGCAUGCAGGCGCAGAAGACAAGCAACAAAGAGCAGGUUGUGUGGUGAUGGCAGCUCCUGCUUUGUCCCACUUUGAGGUCUCCGACCGGUCCCCCUGGUUCGACGCAGCUGUCUUUCUUCCCUUCCUGGUGUAUCACGCGCAGCGAGCAAACGGCGCCAAGUCUCGUGACAUGCCGUCUUCUUCGCCUCCGUCUUCUUAUGAGCAAUGCGGCGCAAGAAGUCGCAGCAGACUAGCGAGCAGUGGAGCGGCGGAGGUGUUGGCGUGCCUUCGUCACCAGACGAGCGUCUCUUUUUUCCUAGUGAAGUACUUACUCAGUAGCUGCAGCAGUUCUCUUCAGUCUCUCACACUUGAUUUCCUGUCUCCUGCUCUUCUUUGGCACCGACAUCUGUCGGCGGUCCGCUCGCUCUCUUCGUCUUCCUCUGUCUCCACCCCCUCAGCUUUUCGUUUGUCUGUUUCUUCUCUCCUGCCUUGUCGGCCUUCUGUGACUCCUGCGAGGGGCGAGAAGCUUGCCGGCGGAGAGGGAGAUGUCCACGAAGAAGGAACUGUAGAGCUUGGUGGCACGCUGUCGGCGCAGCUUCUUCUCUCUGACCGAGCCCAGGCCGCGCUCGCUUCUUCUGCCUCCUCUGAUUUGCCUCCUCGCGUCUUUUCGACGUCUUCUUUCUGCGAUCCUGCGCCUCGCGGGGGCUCUGCGGGCUCCAGCGCGCGGUCGGGAGGCGCAGGCGGGAGACAGUGCCGAACGCAGACGAGCGAAGACGCAGGCAAGGGAGACGACAAGGGAGGGCGAGAGGACGAAGGAGGACGUUUGCAACGCGAAAACGCGGAUGGAGGCUUCCAGACGAUAGAAGACUGCUACGAAGGCGCUGAAGGCGCUGAAGGGCAUGUGCACUCUCCCUAUCUGCCGGCGUAUCUGUCGCUGUUGAGUUUUAUUCUGUCCCCCUCCGCCUCUCGCGUCUCUUCUUCCUCCUCUCUCUCGUCUCUUUCUUUUCCUUGCCUCGUCCAACUGGCUCUCGGCGACGCGGUUGCUGCUGGCGCCGCCCUGGCUCUCUCGUGCUCGCCGAGGAGCUCCUCUCUUGCUCCUCCGUCGUCUCCCUGCCCGUCCGCCCUAUCGCGCAGCGCAAGUGUCUCCUCAUCUGGCGGGCGCCGAGAGGCUGGGCGAAAGCAGGGGCAAGAGAGUGCAGCGUGGAGCGAGAGGCUUCCAGCCCUCAGGGAGAUUGCGUUUCUUUCUCCCUUUUGUCUGUUCGACACCGACGCCGUCGCCGGCGCUGUUGCAGGAGAGAACGCUGCAGCAGGGGCGGAAAGUGGGAGAGACGGCAGGGCUUUGGCGGAUCCGCAGCUGGAGCGGUCUGCUGCCGCAUCGCCUCCGCCUCUCAGUUCUUGUCAGGAGCCGUCUCCUUUGGACUUCCUCUGUCCGCUGCUGAAGUCGUGGAUGAACGGAGAGCGUGGACGAGAGGUGGAGGCCCGCUGGCUGUCAUGCUUUUCGCUUGUUCUGUUAGAUCCCUACACCCCACUCGCUUCACCGUCCAUUCAGGACUUCCUUCAGCUGUGCGCGCCUUCUCUUCGUCACCUUGUUCUACGCUUUCCCCCUGCUACUUCCUCAGCUUCUUCUGCUCGCUUGUCUUGGUCCUCUCCGUCCUCCCGCGACUCUUCUGCGUGCGGCGUUCAACGUAUUCCUCUUCACCUUGCGCGGCGCAGGUUCGCUUUUUCAUCCGCGCCUCCAUCGGCUCCCACAGGCUUGCUUUGGCAAAGCGCAGCCGCGGAGGAGACACCGCGCACAUGUCGAGAGAGAAAACGGCGGCCUGGGCUUUCUCUGGGCUCCAAUCCGGACUGGACGCCUGCCACAGGACGGGAAAGGCGGUCGUCUGCUUCGCAUACACUGUCGGUGCACUUUGCCUUUCUGAAUCUGUUGUCUCUCCAGGUCAUGAAUUUCAAUCCUCUGCUUCAUUCGAUCCUCUCAGAAGCUUCGUUCGCUUGGCGAGGCGAAGCGCCUCACUCAUCCUCAUCGUCCCCUUCGUCUCCGUCGUCUGCCAUUCUGCGUUUCUCGCCUCAUCUGCCGCCCUCCCGUCUACCUUCUCCCCGCUCCUUUCGCUCAUCUUCCUCUUCACUCGCGUGCACUCCUUCGUCUCUUUUUUCUUGCCGCGAGCCGCCCCUAGUGUUGAGUCUGCUGUGGGAGGGCGAGGAGGGAGAAGACGAAGCGGCGGGGAGCGAAGGCGAGAGCGACCGGAGCCUGUGCGGGGGGUCAGGGAGAUGGGAGGAAGGAGGGAGGAGACACCGGCAGGACCUGGCGUAUUGGAAAGGGCUACAUGAGUAUCUGGACGUGUGCAGCGGCCUUCGAACCUACCGGCGAUUCGGCACGGAGCUCAUUCACUCUUUUGUGGCGAAGUUGCCGCGCUUUUCCCUCGUCCUUCCGCCUUCAACUGUGCAGACAGCUCGGACCCUGGCGCUCCUCUUCUCCCCCGCCACCUCUUCCCUCUUCUCCUCUCAGCUGUGCCGCCACCGCGCGGCAGGCCUCAUUUUGCCUCUCUUCGUGGAUGCUGCGCCCGCCAGCGGGGUUGGAGCAGCAAGCGGCCUCGUGGGGCCCUCUGCGUCUGCGUCGUCGUUGUCCAAAUCUCUCUCUUCGUCCAAGGAAGCUGACUCAGACCCGAGAUGGCGCGGGGCGGCUGCUGGGUCUUUGGAAGCAGAUUCAGAGCGCAGCGCGUUCUCUGAUCCGGCUCUUCGUUCCUCGCCUUCGGGGAGUCGCCCUUUCUUCGGGUCGGAGCGAGGCUCAGAAGCUUUUUCCUGUCUCUCUCUGUCGGCGACUGAGGCGGGGCGGUUCGCUGGGCUCCUCAGGCUGUUGACCGCGGCAGCACUCGUGGAGCACGGCGUGUGGAGUCCGCUAGACGCCCUCGAGCUGUCGCAGAGAAGCCGGUGGGCUCGUCUGCGCGGAGGGAGCGAAGGGCGUGCCGCGGCCUCUGCUCCCCCGUCGCCUGAGCGGGCUCGGGAGGUGGAAGGGACAUGCGAGGCUUCUGCUGCUUGGGCGGAGUUUCGGCAGCCCGCCGCGGCUGACGCGUCGCCCUACAGAGGCGGCGACCUGGUGCCCCCCCGGUCGCCUCGCUGCUGGGUGAGUUCGUUCGUCGCGCUCUCGUGUCCGCCUGCUUUGUUGACUUCAGGCCGUGGCGACGCGCCCGAGAGGAAGGGGGAGAGGGUCUCUCUGGCGCGCUCCCGCUCACGAAACAUGGAGACGAUGCGGCAGUUCAGAAAGGAGGAGAUCGGCCUCAAGCCGACUGCGCUCUCGCUCCGCUUCCUGAGCCAGCAGCUCGACGGCGUGGGCUGGGAGGGGUCCCUGCGGCGCGAGCGGUUCCUCGACGAGGAAGAAAACCGAGACGACGGCCCCAGGGGUGAUGGUGGCGCGGAGAGCCGCGAAGGCGCAGGAGGAAGCGAACGCAGAGAAGCUCUCGCUGCGCCAAAGAGACGGCGAAGGACACUCUUUGAGCAGCGGCUCCAGAAGGCGGAGCUGCUUCUAGGCCCCCUCCAGCCGGGCGACGCAAACGACCGCCGCGCGCAAGGUGGAAGCCCAAAUGGGUCAGGGUUUCCAGAGCAGUCUCCACGCCGCGGGCGUCGCCGCGAAGGGGAUGAAAACCGCGACGAGGCUGCGAGGCAACGAGACGCAAGACGCCUCCUAGUUAGCGAAAGAGCGCAGACGCACGCACGCGGCAGCCGCCGGGGGAGAGCGGCGGCGACAAGCCGCUCCCUAGUGUCGCCGAGGCCGCUUGCCUCGCACUCUGCCCUGGCGAAGAGGCGGCAGGGAGCGGCUGAUUCGGAGGAAGAAGGAGCGCGCAGCUGGCGACUUGGGUCCCUGUCCUUCUUAAAGCUGCCAACUCGGGGGCGUGCGUGGCGGCUUGGAGGCGACGAAAGGGAAACGAACACGGAGACAAGCGACGACGUGCCGGCGGAGGUGCAGCGACGGAGGCGGGACGGGCUCGGCCGACAGAGGGACGCGGCGGGGCGGGCGUCUUCUGAGGAGACAAGGGACAGCUCGUCUUCUCGCUCAAAUAGUAGGAGCAGACUUUCGCACUCGGCUCUUCCCGUCGACCACCUUGCCUCGUCAAUCUCGAACGCUUUCGCGGGGCUCCGGCGCUCCGCCUCCUCUCUCUUCCACGGGCGUCGAGGCACGGAACACCUACCGGGGAGUGGCGAAGAGAGGGAUGGCGCAGAAACGGCGACGACGCUGCCUGGACGGCGCGGCCGAGACGCAGACGAGGAAACGCUUCUCAACAGCUGGAAACCGUUUUUCUUCUCGCCGCGAGGCAGGGGGGAGCCAGAGAAGCAAGCAGCGACCUGGCUGCGGGGAGGCGGUCCAAAUUCAACCAAAACGCGCCUCAAGCGGAGCGGGCGCCUGCUGAAUCGCCUUCACCCCUUCGUCAACGUAGAGGCUCUCGAAAUUCUCCUCGUUCCUCAACCCCAGUUCUCUUCUUGUCCUCCCUCCGCCUGUGCGUCUUCUCAUCUCGGCGAAGAGGCUCGAGCGAUUUGCUGUCGCUUCUUCGCUUCCCGCAGUUUAUGUCGUACGGCCUUUAUCCGCGUCCUCCGCUUCACGCUUCCCCGGCUUCGCUUCGUUCUCUGCUCGCUCGCCGCGUCGUCCCUCUCUUGUUUCCAUUCUCCAAGUUCGGUGAUUGCCUCGGCCUCGCCUGCUUGCCCUUCUCCCUCGACUCCGCCCUCAGAUGAGCGAGCGCAGUGGCGUGUGCAAAGAAAGAGGAUUGAAGAGGAGAGUCGAUUUGCCUUCCUCCUGCGCGCGCUGGGUUUCGCUGAGGAUACGCGAGUGAGCGGAGAGAACAGCGGGGAGCCCGAGGAAGCUUUUUUUUCGUUGCCUCCGCCCAGGGAAUGGGAGCUGGGGAAGGGAGAGGAAGCGUUGACGGCGGUCGGUGUUUUCUCGUCUGCCUCGUUUCUUGCGCUCGAUCGCAAGGCGGGUGCUGACGAGGAGUGCCGUCCUCCGGCUCUGCCUCGCUUCUUCACCGCUCAGCCGCUGAUCUGCGUCGCGCGCGUUUCCCCCUCUUCUCCGCGUUUCUCCGCCGGCGCACAAGACGAAGAGCUGUCUCCUGACUCCUUUUCGUCUUCUUCGGUCCCGUCUUCGGCCGUUCGUCUCGCCUCGGAGUCUUCUGACCCUCUGUCUCCGCCUCGGCUCGCACGUCUCUCCUCCUCGGUCCCCUUGGUGGCUUCCUCCUGGCUGUCGCCGUCUCCUCGGGGCGGUUCCGUCGCGCGGGUCUCCGCUUCGUCUUCGUCCUUCCACCCUCUGGGUCGCCUCCCCUCCGCGGCGUGCGUCGCAUAUUCGCAUCUCGCGCCUGAGCUGAUCAACGCCUCUCUGGGGCGGACCUCGCUGCUCUACAGACGCGUCCUGCUUCCGCUCCUGCGCUCGCGCUACACGCUGGCACUUGCCGUCGCCAGGGCUGAGGUCUGGCGCCGCGGCGUCGUUCUCGCGAUACGCGACAUCGCGCCGUUCCUGCCGCGGGCGGAGCAGACCCGCAGCGCCAGUCAGCAGGUGCGCGUCGCCGUCAUGGCUGCUCUCGACGUCAUUCUCGACGAAAUCGAAGGCUCGCCGACACAGACGCCCGGCGAAGCCGAGCGAGACGCGGAGGGACGCGCGCAUGCGAGGCAGGAGAGCGGCGCCGCCACGGGCGACACGCGGCGGAGGGCGACCGAGGGCAGAAGGGCGCGGAGGGAGAAGCCAGAAAGCGGUCAAGGGCGCGCGGCAGGAAGAAGAGGAAGAGAGAAGGAGGCGUAG